AUGGCUGUUUCUUUGCUACCUCUCGUAUUGUCUGGUGUUUUGGCCUGGUAUGUUGGUUAUAUACUGAAUCAAAUUACCAACCGUAAUCCCAAGCGCCCACCCAUUGUUUUCCAUUGGAUACCCUUCUUCGGUUCUGCUAUCUCGUAUGGUAUUGAUCCUUAUGUCUUUUUCCACGAAUGUCGCCAAAAGUAUGGUGAUGUCUUUAGUUUUGUUUGUAUGGGAAGAAAAAUGACUGCUUACCUCGGUGUUAAGGGCAACGAUUUCCUUUUCAACGGUAAGCUCGCCGACUUGAGCGCCGAAGAGGCUUAUUCUCAUUUAACUACCCCGGUUUUUGGUAAAGACGUCGUUUACGAUGUACCCAACCAUGUUCUCAUGGAACACAAAAAGUUUAUCAAAUCCGGUCUUGGCUUUCCUCAAUUCCGUUCCUAUGUUCCUCUUAUUCUUAACGAAAUGAAUGCUUUCCUUAAUACUUCUCCUGAAUUUGGUCCUGGUAAGGAAGGUGUAGCCGACUUGCUCAAAACUAUGCCUGUUAUGACCAUUUUCACUGCUUCUCGUACUUUGCAAGGUGCCGAAGUCCGUGAAGGAUUUGACGCUGGUUUUGCCGAUUUGUAUCAUGACCUCGAUCAAGGUUUCAGCCCUAUCAACUUUGUCUUCCCCUGGCUUCCUCUCCCUAGAAACAGACGUCGUGAUAGAGCUCACAACAUCAUGCAACAAACUUAUCUCAACAUUAUCAAGCAGCGUCGCUCAAGCCCUGAAAACCCUGGAAGCGACAUGAUCUGGACAUUAAUGAACUCCAAGUACAGAGAUGGUCGUCUUCUUAAGGAACACGAAAUUGCCGGUAUAAUGAUUGCUCUACUUAUGGCUGGUCAGCAUACCUCUGCUGCUACAAUCAUGUGGGUCCUUACUUUACUUGGUAGCAAGCCAGAGGUUAUUGAAAUGCUUUAUGAGGAACAAAAACGUGUUUUGGGUGAAGGUGAAAACUUCCAUGUUGACUUUGACAAGUAUAAAGACUUGCCUUUGUUGAACUAUGUUAUCCGUGAAACUCUCCGUCUUCAUCCUCCUAUACACAGUAUCAUGCGUAAAGUGAAGCGCGAUUUGCCUGUUCCUGAUUCUAAGAUGGUCAUUCCUGCUGGUUCCCAUUUGCUUGCCGCUCCGGGUUAUUCGGCCACUCAUGAAGAUUUCUUCUCUCGUGCUAAGGAAUUUUGCCCCGAACGUUGGGGUGAACGUCCUGAUGACGAAGAGAAUGCUGAACAGAUUGAUUACGGAUAUGGUCUUGUUAGCAAAGGUGGCUCUUCUCCAUAUCUUCCGUUUGGCGCUGGUCGUCAUCGUUGCAUCGGUGAGCAAUUUGCUUUUAUGCAUUUAACUACUAUUAUUUGCAAAUUUGUUCACGACUACUCAUGGACAACUGUUGGAAAGGUUCCCGAUGUGGACUACUCUUCCAUGGUUGCCCUCCCCUUGGCUCCUGUUAAGAUUGCCUGGAAGCGCCGUGAUUAA